CGUUCCAAGCCGAUCAGCCAGUCAGUCUGCCAGCGACGACCGCAGCUAGUGGAAGCAUUCCGGAAAAGCUCUCCGGCGUCGGAUGUUUCAUUCAGUAGACACAGCUGCUUUUGGGAUAGCCAAUGAGAAGAUGGUUAGUUUUUGACAAAUGAUUUCUGGUAAAUAAGAAAUUGCGGUUGAGAAACCUGAUCUAUAGCUAAUAAAAUCAAUUCGAGCUUGGUGUAUUUCGAGCUAACCAGAACUGCACUUAUGCGAAGAAAAUUUGUUUACUAUAGUCAAAGUGGAACGUCGGUGACUAGUUGGACGAGAUUCGCUUUCCAUCGUGUCGCGAACGAACCGAAGUGAAUGGUGGUUCCCGAGUGCGGACGGAAAUAUAAUGGACACAACCACAGAACAGUGAUACGCAUAAAUUGCGAUAAUUAAAAACAAACAAAACGCAGCUAGAAGCAAGUGUUGAGUGACGGAAGAGAAAUACUGGACGGUUACGGGACCGUUCGGUGCACGGAAAAUAGACUUGAAUGACGAGAAAAACAAUUUACCUACGCGGCGGUUUCCAUGGCCGUUGAAGAAGGCAACGUGUUGAUGGGAAAGUGUUAUGGAAAAUAAAUACAAAUAAAAUAUAUACAAUCGAACGAACAAUAAAACUGCCCCGGGAUGCCGCGCGUACAAGGAUUGUUUGGUAUUUAAAAACAAAUUAAAACCAGGUUGUUCGAGUGAGAGUAUUUACCGGCGUCGAUGACAAAGUACAGCAUUCGGGUAAUGUGUAAAGUGUACUACCAACAAAGUGAUCUGCAGAGAGAUGUGGAUAAUUAAACUUUGGUGAUUGAUGGCUGCGGUAGACCAGUGCAAGGUUUUCACAGUUCACUGGGAAGCAUUGGGUGGCAUAAAAUCAUGAUGCAGCUCCACGAUAAGUAAAUUUGAAGUUAACUACCAGAAGCUUUUUCAAUGAGGUCUUGUGAAAGAAAACGGAUAAUAUUUCCGCUCAAUCGUUAGUUCCAGACGAUAUGUUGUGAAGCUUAUUGAUGUGUAUAUCCCGCAAACUACGAACGUUAUAGAUCUUCACAUUCGAAAAUUGCACGAAUGUUACACGUCGUGAGCAUGAACUUUUUCGGUAUCACGUAUGCAGCAAAGUGUGCAAUGUUGUUGCAUUGCAUCCAUUGCGAUGCCGUACACAUAUAUCAACUUUCCGCGCUUAAGGGGAUGAUGGCCCUCGUGCAAAUUUGAAUUUUCCAGUGUGCAAAAGUACGUGUCUAAACGAAUCUAAAGUAGUUCGCGUGCAAAAAAAAGAACGCCGCUUACAUACAAACACAGUCAAUUACACUCUCAGUACGGAUCGCUGGUCGCUUCCCGACUAGGUCGGCUACGUUAAUUCCUACGGAGCGCUGCUUCAAGCGGAUAGUGUUACCUCCCGGUUCCGGUGGAUUAAAAUGGCAAUCCUUCAUUCGUGCUGUUUGUGGCGAACCGUGCGCAAGGGAAGCUAUGCCAGCGUUAUCUACACAUUCUUCUACUUCGGCAUAUCCUGCAUCACCCUGUCCGUGUUUGUGCACGACGAACGCAAGUUUUUGAAAGGAGAAGUCGAUAAGCCCAGCGGCGAAAGCUUUUUGGAGAAGGAGAGCAUAUCAACAGUCACUGUGAUAUUCAACAUGCUGCUACUAGCGUUCGCGAGCCUGGGAGUAGUUUCGUCGUUACUGGUGAUAGUCGGAUUAAGAGUGGACAAACGAGCCUUCCUGUUGCCAUGGAUAGUCGUUAUGAUUGCCGACUUACUGGUGGAGUGUGCACAUUUCCUCUAUCUGAUUGUGAUCCAGACGCUGGAGUUCGAACCGGUCACGGCGAUGCUGUUCACAAUUGAUUUCUUCAUUAUGUGUCUUAAUAUCUAUUGCCUGCUGUGUGUCAUAUCGCAGUACCAGGAGUACAAGGCCGGUCGAGGGGGUGCGGAGGAUGAUUCUUUCAACAGUUCCUUCAACAUCCAGUAUAGUCCACCGGCGGCCACUUGUUUACCCCAGGGGAAAUCAAUACGGAGCCCGAUAAUGUGUCCGCACACGAACUGCACGCUGAUACCGGAAGAGACACAGACGAAUGGAGUGAUUUACGGAUGCCCAUCGAUGGCACCACCAGUGAUAUCUCCAUCGAAUUUCGCCCGGCAGAAUUCGUUGCUGCUGAAAAAACAUGUCAAAUUCAACCCUGGGGAAAAACCGAAAGUAUGCUGCAGCGGAGUUAUCCAUCCGGAAAAUAUUCUGCCCAAAGAAGGCGGUCACAUGUUGCCAAUUGAUACGCUGCCCGAAUACAGCGAAGAGAUACGAUCCUGGAAGGAGCAAAAGAUGGUGAAACAUUAUAAUCCUCACAGGAAGUGAGAGCGUGAAAGAAUUUUCCGGCUCUUUGUGACUUUCUGAGGCGAAUAAUUUCAAUCUCUCUUACUACAGUACUGAAACAUAUUCCUCAAUCCGAUUGACGUCCAUUUCAGUAAUCUCCAUUUACCGAAACUUUUUACCAACCGAAAUAAGUGACACGAAACCACGGCAGCAGCUUGGGAUGUCGUUCGUUUAUUCUCUUACACGUAACCAACCUAUCAACUAAACCUAUCGUCAGAAGCGAAAAAGCAAAUACUUAACAUCAGGAUACACCAGCCAACACGAGUUCACUUUUUCUCCUUACAAUUUACCACUAACUAACCUUGAACGCUAAAUCAAACCCGAUUUCUAAUUAAGAUUAAAAUAUGAGUGUAAGGUGUGAAACAUGACAAAAGCACUUUAUUCCGAACAAAUGAAUAUAUGCUAGCGGACAUUUGCAUGGAGGUAGAACCAACACAAGAAUGACUGGGUGGAAAAAAAGUGCAUCGUUUGAUUAAGGACCAUACAUGAGCGGGAGAGAGUACACUUCAAUUUAUCCAAGUGGUGAAUGAAAAAUGUCGAUAAUUAAGAUAGUGCUUAGCGAUUUUAAAAUAAAAAAAACUGAACACUGUUGGUUCUAACAUUUAAAUCUACAACAAGCCCCGUCUUGUCAAUGAACUUGGAGGAAGAAAUCUCUUUUGUUGGCGAAUCGUGCAUGAACUUUUUGUGGAUGGUUAUAUUAAUGAGCAAUUAAAUUGGAGAAUCAAACCGCCUCCACGCGAUUAGCUGCUAGAGCGGUUAUACGUUCAAAACGUUCCGUCGAAUCAUUCUUAUAGUGAUUCUGCUGAUUUGUACAUAGAUUUUGGAUUUGAGCGUCCAACACCAAGCUUUCCUAUGGGCUCAUAAAACAUUUUAUUUCUUAAAUUUCAUAUUUGAUGAUUUAUUCGUUUAACUAUUUCAGAAAAAUUGAUUUCUUUUUCUUUUUUCAUACCAGCAAAAAACGAUUUAGAUUUUCUGUCAUGUAAUUAUAAGAGACAUAUGUUUUUUUUAUUGAGAAAUCUUGUUCUGAGUAUAUUUGGUUUUGGUUCGUCGUAGUCUGUUGUGCCAUAUGGGACCAUAGAAAGGUUUGAUCCAUUCAUGUGUCAACUGUGUAGAAAUAAAGAUAAGGAUAGACAAAUACUGAUGUUACUAUGGAAUUAUUAUACGAAAAGGCUUGAAAUAUGCGUAAAAAAGGUAAAAAUAGAUGCAUGGUGUUCGUUGAGAAUCCGAACUACGUGGUAAAGACAGGAAAUCUUUUGUUUAGAACAAUGUUGAAGGAUCAAAAUAAGUUACCAAGUUGGAUUUUAAAGUGUGAUAUCAUUGUAAACCGUAAUCAAUAAGGUACUGGACUUAGAAUUAAUUAUAUUUGUAUUGAAUUGAUAA